CAAACAGGACUUCAGCACUUGCCAGAAAACUUUCAGAGCAAGAAACUUCAGCCAUGGCCGAGAGACGCAUCCCCUUCACCUUCCUGCAAGGCCCAUCCUGGGAUCCUUUCCGUGACUGGUCCCAGGGCAGCCGGCUCUUUGAUCAGACCUUUGGGAUGCCGCACUUCUGCGAGGAGAUUCCCACAUUUCCCAGCACACACUGGCCUGGAUACAUUCGGCCCUAUGGAUUUCCAGAGAUGGCCUCUUUAAUGCAGAGCCCAGUGGCUCAGAUGCCCAUGUCGCCGUCCGCAUCCAUGAUGCACCCCCCGACCUACAGCCGGGCUCUUUCCCGACAGAUGAGCUCGGGAAUGUCUGAGAUCAAGCAGACCCCAGAUUCCUGGAAGAUUAGCCUGGAUGUCAAUCACUUCGCCCCAGAGGAGCUGAUGGUGAAGACCAAAGAUGGGGUGGUGGAGAUCACCGGCAAACAUGAGGAGCGGAAGGAUGAACAUGGCUUUGUGUCCAGAUGUUUCACCAGGAAAUACACUCUGCCCUCUGGUGUCGACUCUGAGAAGAUCACCUCCUGUCUGUCUCCUGAGGGGGUCCUGACCAUUGAAGCCACUCUGCCCAAACCUGCCAUCCAGGGCCCUGAAGUCAACAUCCCUAUCAACACAGGCAGCGCAGUGACUGCCAGCAGUACAAAGAAACCCUGAGCACUACAACACGCACACACACACACACACACACACACACACACACACACACACACACACACAGGCAGAUCACUGUGCUACUUUGAGUUUGUUUUCUUCAGCAUGAAUGCAAAUGUUUCAUAUUAAUGUCUUGAUACUUCUAUUCUUUGUAAACAGCAGGUAGGAGAAGAGGAAUUGCCAUAUUUUAUUACCAUCUAAUUUUUUUUACAUCACUCUUUUUCAUCCUCCUC